CCGCUAAGAGUGGAAGUACAUAUGUUAUACUUUUUUUUUCAUCGGUUAUGCGUCACGGAUUAAUUAUAAGUGUCAGCCGAAAGAAAGAAGAUCUCAGCCAAGCAGAUUUUUCAAGCCACCUUGCUUGACACUUUGGUCAGCUUUGUCAAAAAUGUAUCGGUCUUCACAUUGUUGCACGGCAUAUGAAAGAAACUUGGCGGACUUUUAAGCGCCCGUUACCCAAGUUCUACAAUAUAAGUCCACAUAUAUACAGUUAAUCACUCGACCGAUCAUGACCAGCGCCAUGACUGUGCCGACGAUGUUGUGGUCCACCCUAGUACCAUUGGUGCUGCUUGCUCCUCUCUUCUCCAUCCCCCGCCAUUGCCGCGCUCAGGUGCUCAUGAACUACUCCUGCAACAACGGUAGCUCCUACGCCGAGAACUCCACCUACGACUCCAACGUCCGCGCCGUGCUCGCCACGCUGUCCGCCAGCACGCCCAACGCCACCACAGGCUUCGCCACCGCGUCGGCAGGGCGCGGCGCGGACACGGUCUGGGGCCUUGCGCUCUGCCGGGGUGACACCGACCAUGCCGUGUGCGCGUCCUGCGUCGCCGCCGUGCCGGCUAUCGCCUUCCACCAGUGCCGCGGCGUCAGGGACGUGACCGUCUUCUACGACCGCUGCAUCGCGCGGUUCUCGUACGGGGACUUCACGGCGAGGCCCGACAAUACGGAGGUGCUCAUGGUAAGCCCCAGCAAGUACCAAGCCACCGUCAACGCAGGCCACUUCGACGCGCUCGUGACACGCCUCGCUGGUGCGCUGGCGGACUGGGCGGCGUACAACUCGACGUUGAGGUACGCCGCAGGGGUGAUGGCCUCGAGCGACGGGUUCCCGUCAACAACGGGGUACAUGGUGCACAACAUCUAUGGGCUGGUGCAGUGUGCACCAGACCUGGCGCCGCCGGCGUGCCGCGCGUGUCUCCAGGCGCUCAUCGUCGACAUGCCCCAGGCUUUUGGUGGAAGGAUUGGGGGGCAGUUCAAUGCUGUGUGGUGCAACCUUAGGUAUGAGACAUCGGUCUUCUACGACGGUGACCCAGCGGUGAGGCUCGUCGCGUCGCCAUCACUCGAGGGUCCCAACAUUAAUGGUUCAACAACUCUGAUUAUAGGAAACAGGAGAAGGCGCCCAAAUGCCGCAACUGUUGUUGUAUCUGUCCUUGCUGCUGUAAUAAUUGCACUUCUGUCUGUGCUCUCCAUUUACCUCUGGAGAAAAUUGCAAGCAAAACAAUAUACUGCUGACCAAGAUGUCGAAGCAGGUUCACUUCUAUUUGACCUGGCAACAUUAAGGAAGGCAACAGCUAAUUUUGCAGAAGUUAACAAGCUCGGGCAUGGUGGUUUUGGAGCUGUAUACAAGGGAUUCUUGCGAGAUGGAGAGGAGAUAGCUGUCAAAAGGCUCGACAAGGCCUCGGGACAAGGCAUUGAGCAGCUGAGAAAUGAACUCCUAUUGGUUGCCAAACUCCGGCACAACAAUCUUGCAAAACUUCUAGGUGUUUGCAUCAAGGGGGAGGAGAAGCUGCUCGUGUAUGAGUACCUUCCUAAUCGAAGCCUCGACACCUUUCUUUUUGAUCCGGAGAAGAGAGGCCAGUUAAUCUGGGAAACGAGAUACCAUAUCAUACAUGGGACAGCACGAGGCUUAGUCUACCUUCAUGAAGAUUCACACAUAAAAAUAAUACAUCGUGACCUCAAGGCCAGCAAUGUACUGCUAGACUCUAGCAUGAACCCAAAAAUCUCUGACUUUGGCUUGGCAAGGCUUUUCGAUGGCAACAAGACUGCUAGUGUCACAAGCCAUGUCGUCGGGACACUAGGAUAUAUGGCGCCUGAGUAUGCAGUUCUUGGGCUCCUAUCAGUCAAGUUAGAUGUCUACAGCUUCGGAGUUUUAGUUCUGGAGGUAGUGACAGGAAGGAGGAACACCGAUGUGUUUGGUGCAGUGGAAGAAUCCAACAAUUUGCUAAGCUAUGUCUGGGAUCACUGGGUGAAGGGGACGCCACUGGCGAUCGUCGACGCGUCACUGCUCGGCGACGGCCGUGGUCCGCCGGAGAGCGAAAUGCUCAAGUGCAUCCAGCUCGGUCUCCUCUGUGUCCAGGAAAAUCCGGCGGACCGGCCGACGAUGCUGCACAUCCUUGUAAUGCUCCAUGACGUUGAUGCUACCAGCUUCGCUGCGCCGUCGAAACCAGCGUUCACCUUCGUGAAUGGUGGGCACACGACAGGUUCUAGCUCAAACGUGGCCGCAUUAUCUUUGAAUGAGGUGUCCAUAUCGGAGUUUCAUCCUAGAUAGAAGAAAAAUGUAUAUUUGUGCCACUCUAAACUCUAAAGUUACCACUUCAGACAUGCUCCGGUUUAGUUUGUCUUGAAAUAUUGUAGCUGCAUUAUGUGUGAGUGUGAAUUACUACAUAAGCCUAAAAUGAAUAUCAUUCAAACAUUGUCACUCA